AUGGCGGUGCUCCUCCGCCAGAGCUCUCGACUAUUGUCUUCCAGAUUGUGUGCAACCACGACUCACCGGAUCACUAGCCGUAGCUAUGCAACUCGAAGCAAGCUUGGUCUUGGCAACAACCUCCUCGCCUUUCACAAGGGACUCGUUGAAAUCGAAUCCAUCUCAGGGAACGAAAAGCCCGUUGGUGACUGGCUUGUCAAUAGCCUACAGUCUCAGGGCUACAAUGUCGAAAAACAGUACCUUACAAAGGACAGUUUCAACGUUCUCGCCUGGCCGGGCGAGGAAAGGGACGCCAAGGUGAUGUUGAGUAGCCACAUCGAUACAGUUCCGCCCUUUAURCCAUACAAACGAUCCGAUGAUGGCAGAAUCUCCGGCCGUGGCUCCGUUGACGCAAAAGGCUGUGUGGCCGCCCAAGUACUCGCGGUCAACAAUCUCGUCUCAAGCUCCCGCAUCAACCCUUCGGAUGUCUCUCUACUGUUCGUCAUAGGCGAAGAAGUCGGUGGUUUGGGAAUGCAGCUUGCUAACGAGCYCCAACUACGACCACGGGCCAUCAUUUUUGGUGAACCAACUGAAGGCAAGCUAGUAGCCGGCCACAAGGGCAUUGUCGUUGCGAAAAUUCAUAUCAAGGGUCGUGCCGCACACUCAGGCUACCCUUGGAUAGGCCUGAGUGCAACCGACAUGUUAGUCGCGGCUGCUGCCGACCUACGUCUGCUUGGUGACAGCCUCCCACAAAGCGAAAAGUACGGCAAGACCACAUUCAAUCUGGGUCUUCUCAACGGAGGGGUAGCUCUAGGCGUUGUUGCCGAAAGCGCAAGCGCUGGUCUCGCAGUACGAAUUGCCGUUGGCUCACCGACAGAGAUCCAAGCUGCGAUUACUUCCACAGUACACAAUGCCGUUGCUCCCUUUAUCACCAACRAUAUGGAGCCUGCAGAUGUUGUAGAACUCGAUUUCAGUGGUGCGGGCUACGCGCCGAUAGAUCUCAAUUCUGAUGUUCCGGGCUUUGAGGUGAUGACGGUAAACUACGGGACUGAUAUCCCAUGGCUGAAAAAGACGGUUGCGAACCAAAAGCGGUAUCUCUAUGGCCCUGGAACGAUAUUCGUGGCGCACACGGACCAUGAGGGGCUCAUGGAAGAAGAAUUGUUUGGCGCAACGAAGGGUUACGAGCAGAUUGUUCUUCACACGUUGCGCGUGAUGAAGGAAGAAGAUGGUGGCAGUGGGGUUGAGACAUGA